UGUAGUACACCUUAUGAUAACACACUGCCAACAGAUGCUGAACCAACGAAUUACGUUCAUGCGACUUUAAAUAGAUUCAUAUAGCAUUCUGUGGAACUACGACUCCACAAGUACCCACGCUAUAGGAGACUGAUUAAUGCCAAGAACCAGACUGCGUCGCACUUUCCAUAAACUGGGACUAAUCAGGUAGCAAGCAGAAUUCUUUGGUGAAGAUUAGAUUACAGAGCUACCAAAAUUCUAAACAAGGGACUUACCAAAGAAGAGAAAUAACACUAGACUAUCAGGGCCUUACUGAAUCUGACUGACAAUGACUGGUAGCAAAAAUGCAAGCAACUACUUCUAUGAGGCCGAUUUUACAAAGGAAAAUGCUAUUUUCUGGAUUAUCCUGUACGCUAUUCUUGGUUUUCUUAUCAUCACUUCGAAUCUUGCCUCUAUAACUACCUUCGUCAUUAACAGACAUCUUCGUCGUCAUAGUGUGUACUGCCUGAUUAACUUAGCAGUGGCCGACAUGACUUACGGGGGCUUUGCAACAGCUUAUCAAAUAUGUUUUAUUGGAUUCUUUUUUUUAGGCUACAACUUAGAUUUAGAUCUUGUAUUUGGAACUAUUUUGGUGGCUGGUACGGCGCAUGUGUUGUUUACUUGUCUUCUCUCUUUGGUUCUUGUUUCUCUUGAACGUGUUUACGCAACGUUCUUUCCUUUCAGGCAUCGAAUAAUACGUCUAAGGACAUACAUUUUUCUCUUUUUCAUAACCUGGAUAUCACCUCUGCCGGUGUACUUUUAUAAAUACGUCCCUCGUGAAGUCAUGACCAAUAUCUGCAUCAUUUUCCUGAUCUCUCUCAUCAUCAUCAUUGUUUCCUACGCGUCAAUCUUCGUCAAGGUAAAACGUCAAGACCAACUUGUGCAUCAGCAUAAUCACCUGCAAGCAGACAUACAUAGAAUACAAAGACGCGAACGAGAAUUGGCCAAGACCUUAUUCAUCGUCACAGUCAUAUCCCUAUUGACAUGGCUGCCAUACAUCAUCAUGUACAUUCUUCCUCAGAGGAUAUACCACGAUCUUCCUUUUAACGUUCGGUUCCUGUUCGCUUGGAUACAGCCAGUCAACUCUUUAGUCAACCCAAUGCUCUAUGUCUUGAGACUGAAGGAUUUUCGCAAAGCUUUUUUCCAAUUGUUGACUAAAUGCUCAAGUGUUCGUGCGGUUGGUUUUCCUGAAGAUGCUCUUCAUCAUGAACCUGCUAUAGCACUCGCCAUUGUGUCUGAAAGAGUAAACAGAUGCUAGCAGCUUGGACAGAUAAAUAUCAUAGGUUUUCUAAGUACCCUCGAUAUUUUUUUCCGGCCCACUUUUUUUGUCUUAUAAGGCCGAAAAUAGUGCUUUUCUAGGGCUGCACUUAUGUUUUGAACGUCAUACUGAGAAACACUUUUCUAUUUAUGAUUUCUUUAUAUUUUGAUUGAGGGUCACGAAUUAUCUUCCGAAAACUGCAAUACAGCGUCAGACAACGAUUCUUUAACUGGAAAUUAAAAGAAUUCUCCAGCCACACUCUCCAAAGAAUAAACAAACAGUUCCCCUUUUGUAGUUAUUAAAAACUGUCUGCUCAGUAAAUAAACACUCUAAGAUUUACAUUGAACUUGAGAAUGAAGUCAUGAGAACAUCAAUAUUAAAUUUCUUCUUUAGCGUCUGUUUUUCUUGUGAAACAGCUUUAUUGUCUCAGCCAUUUCUUUUGUUUUUCUAAUGUCCCAUUUAGUAGGUAUUUUAAAAGCCUUGUUUCCAUAAAUCUUAUAGGAUUUCCAUGUGUUUUGAACAGUUUAUGUGAUGCUAUGCUGUCAUGAGGAUGAUGUAUAAGGACUGUGCGAAUUAAGAAACUAUUUCCUUUCUUCUCAGAGAGCAUCAUCAAAACAUUGGUAUUUUUAGAUUUAUUAGUUCACUUGUUGUCUAGGUUGAUCUUAGUUAAGCUUAUUAUCUGUGCUUAGAUACCAAGCACCCUUUUUUAAAGAAAGGUUAUCUCUUACCAAGAGAGCAUAUUUGCUCUUACUGAAUAGUAAA